AUGGCACGUCGGCUCCGCUUGCAUUUUGCGUCAAGAAGAAGCAACACGGACCCCCUGUCAGAAAGCCUCAGCAACCAUGGUGAGGAGAGUGGAAUCAAUGUGUCAGCUCAUAGCCCCGCAGAGAGUCUGGCGCAGAGCUCUGUCCACCUGAAGGUGACUCCACUGUCACCAGACUUUGCCAACAGUCAGUACUCUUCAGUAUUCAUACCUAGGGUUAACACUGGAGGGUGUAAUAAGAGGAGCAUUCUGCAAAUCUCGCUGCAGCCGUGUGGAAAGCUCAGCGGAGAGCUGGAUGGCAGUAUAGAGAAUGGAGACCCAGGGGUUAGUGAAGGUGGAGCAGGUACUUGCUCGGACGGAGGCUCAUGCAACAGCAGCAUGGCCAGUGACGCUGGGUACUGUAGCAGCAACAGCAUAUUUGAACCAGAGGCUGCAGAGAAGCACAGUACCAACCAGGAGAGGAGUCUGCCUUGCUACAAGUCCAAGGUCCCUCUGCGACGGUGCUCCUCCUUGGUUAUCUUUCCGAAGAGCCCCUGCAGCACCCCACCAGCUUCCCCAGUAAGUCCUGUGGCUCUUCCUGCUCUCCCAUCAGUAAGGGCGUCUAAUCAUUCAUCUUUUCAGACAUCCUCCUGUGAUUUUUCACAAGAUGAUGAGGAAGUGACUUGCAAAGGGUCCACCACCACAGUAGUAAGUGGCCAUCGUCAGCCAAGAGGCAGCUCUUCAGCUGAGUUUAGGGACACGAAACAUAUGGUGCACUUUAAUAUUCCUUUACAGGAUGAACCAAAAUGUAAAAUGGACAACAGGAGUACAAUAAUGGAACUGUCUUCAGCACCGGACAGAUCUAAUCGUCACUCUAGCAGCGUGCUGCUACAUUUUGCCCAUCAGAGACCAAUGACAUCGGCAAAGGGAGCUACAAUGACGGCUGCACUGAAUAUGCAAUAUCCCGAGGCUUAUUACCCAGCCGAAAAGCCUGAGAGUGAAUACGACGCCCACAAAAAGCUCUAUCGCAGUACCUCUGCUUGUUUGUUUUCCUCAACUAAACCAUUGGAGAAAAACAAUAAGCUAAUGUUAUCAGGAAAAGACCAUGACAGGCCUGAGGAAAACCAUUGUCAUCGCGCCAUACAAAGGAGCUUUUCCCUUGAGGUGCCCUACCCCAACACUGGAAUUUCAUGUCACGUUUCGAACCCAAAGCUCAGCAGCCCUUGCUCUCCACAUGUGCACAUUCAUUUGUCCCCUUGCUGCCCGGCAAAGUUGCCCAGCUUUAUUACUGAUGUUAACACCAGUCGCAAGGGGUACAAUGCACCAAAGAGUCCAGGUCUAAAUACCAAGACACGUGAUGACUUUCUCGGACAGGUGGAUAUCCCCUUAAAUCAGAUACCGACAGAGAAUCCAAAUACAGAAAGGCCAUAUACAUUCAAGGAUUUUAAGCUCCAUCCACGAAGCCAUAAGUCCAGAGUCCAAGGUCAUUUGCGUCUAAAAAUGACCUACCUUCCAAAGGACUCAGGUUCAGAAGAGCAAACGGCAGAUCAGACCGAGGACAUGGAACCUGGUUGGGAGUUUCUGGAAGCUCAGGACAUGUCCGGUCCCAGACAGAGCCAGCUGCUGCCUUCUCUGCCCCCUGGCUGGGAGGAGCGCCAGGACAACCUAGGAAGAAUCUUUUAUGUCCAUCAUGAAACCAGAACCGCACAGUGGCUGCGACCCACAGUGCAGGACGGUGAUGUGGCAAGUCAAAGAAGACAGAACUCUAUCAUGGAUGCAGAGCAUGCCUUUAUUACACGCAGACAGAUCUCAGAUCAUGACAACACCCCACAAGAGUCCUCUGAGAGCUGGGAGAUCAUUACAGAGGAUGAAUCUACCUUAUAUCACAGUAAUACCCAGAUGACACCACCUUCAUCCAACCAGCCUCUGGAAUUCCUGCCGGUCAGUGAUGAACACAGAAGUGUUUACGUUCCACGGUCUUCAGCGAGAGCGCGCUGCGGCUCCCAGUCGAAUCAUGUGAAUAAUUCAAACCAUUCCAGUCACAGAGAAAAUGCCCAACCUUCAACCAGAGAGGAGCGUCCUGUUAAUCCUAUGUUGCUUCCUACCUCAGCUGGGUUGCCUCCAGGCUGGGAGGCAAAGAGGGACAGCAAAGGAAGAUGCUACUAUGUUAACCACAACACCAGAACCACUUCAUGGGUACGACCUGUUAUCCAGAGAUCUUCAGAGGCAGCAGCAGCAGUACAGAGUGGUUCAGGUCUGUCUCAAAACCCCACAUCAUCCCAACAACCUGUCCAACCACUUGCCCCACCUCAGGGGUCUCCUCAGCACACUCCAAGCCCAGAGGCUUCUCCUGAAUCUGGCAACUUGCCUGCUGGUUGGGAAGUUCGUAGUGCUCCAAAUGGAAGGCCUUUUUUCAUCGAUCAUAACACAAAGACUACUACCUGGGAAGAUCCCAGGCUAAAGAUUCCUGUCCACAUGGAGAGGAGGGGCUCACUGGACCCAUCUGAUCUCGGCCCUCUGCCGCCUGGCUGGGAGGAAAGGAUCCACUCUGAUGGGAGGGUAUUCUACAUAGAUCACAACACCAAGAACACACAGUGGGAUGAUCCCAGAUUACAAAACUCAGCUAUAACUGGACCAGCAGUGCCUUACUCCAGAGAUUAUAAACAGAAGUAUGAUUACUUCAGAAAGAAGCUGAAGAAACCAGAUGACAUCCCAAAUCGCUUUGAGAUGAAACUCAGACGAAAUGCAGUUCUGGAGGACUCGUAUCGACGCAUCCUUGCAGUAAAGAGGGCAGACCUGCUAAAAGCUCGGCUCUGGGUGGAAUUUGAGGGAGAAAAAGGACUGGAUUAUGGUGGCGUGGCCAGAGAGUGGUUCUUUCUCAUGUCCAGGGAGAUGUUCAACCCAUACUAUGGACUGUUUGAAUAUUCUGCCACGGACAACUACACACUGCAGAUAAACCCUAACUCAGGUUUAUGUAAUGAGGACCACCUGACCUAUUUCAAGUUCAUAGGUCGUGUGGCAGGCAUGGCCGUGUUUCAUGGCAAACUCCUUGAUGCCUUCUUCAUUCGACCUUUCUACAAGAUGAUGCUGCAGAAGUCGAUCACACUGCAGGACAUGGAGUCUGUUGAUAGCGAGUAUUUCAACUCCCUAAACUGGAUUUUGGAGAACGACCCAAAAGACUUGGAUCUGAGGUUCACUAUUGAUGAGGAGCUUUUUGGACAGACUCGCCAGCAUGAGCUGAAGCCGAACGGCGCAGAGAUUGUUAUCACCAAUGAAAACAAAAAGGAAUAUAUCGACCUGGUGAUGCAGUGGAGGUUUGUAAACAGAGUACAGAAGCAGAUGACAGCUUUCAAGGAGGGAUUCUUUGAGCUAAUACCACAGGAUCUGAUCAAGAUCUUUGAUGAGAAUGAGCUUGAGCUACUCAUGUGUGGUCUUGGAGAUGUAGAUGUAAAUGACUGGAGGAAGAACACAAAGUACAAGAACGGGUAUAGCGCUGACCACGUUGUCAUCCACUGGUUUUGGAAAACUGUGCUGCUGAUGGAUGCAGAGAAGCGAAUCCGCCUCUUACAGUUUGUGACAGGAACAUCCAGGGUCCCGAUGAAUGGCUUUGGAGAACUCUAUGGGUCUAAUGGGCCACAGCUCUUCACCAUUGAGCAAUGGGGCACAAGUGAUAAACUUCCCAGAGCCCACACUUGCUUCAAUCGGUUGGACCUUCCUCCUUAUGAGUCUUUUGAAGAGCUGAAGGAGAAACUUAACAUCGCCAUUGAGAAUGCACAAGGCUUCGAUGGGGUGGAUUAGGGCGUCUAAAAGAAAACGGCAUCAAGUCUGGCAGCAUGAUGUGGGAGGAAAAAACAAGUCGUGUGUCUUAACCUGCCGGCUGUGUGACAGAUGAAGAGCCAUACAGCUUCCCUUUAGUCCUCUUCAGGGACACACAUGAAGAAAAUAUCCUAAAUCUGGAGUGAUAGUUAUAUGUAUAUCACUCAGGGUCUUUUAAAGUUUACAAAGCAGGUUUUCUUGCUAUUUAAUUCUUUAUUGUAAGUCGCUCAAAGGUGUAUUUACUUGUUUGUUUUGCUAAAAUGCUUAAAUGUUAUAAAAGUGUGAAGUGAUAAAAAAGAAAAUAUUACUGUGAAUGAAUAUUGUACAGUAUAUGAUACAAAAUCAGCCCUUAAAGAGCAUUAAUUUCGUUUAAUUAUAAUCAGAAUCACCCCAUACUCAGCCUCCCUUAUCAGAACAUUGUGAUACUUUGAGAGUUAUCUUUAGAAACUCGCUGACUUUUGUCUUCAUCACAUAGCUACGAAGUUACGAGCUACGAGGGUUGUUGUAAUCACGCACUAGUCUCUUAGUUAAGGUUUGCCUAAUCUUCACAUUGAGUUUAAAAUCCUAUCAAUUGAUAUCACUGGAACUAAAUUUGUAACGUACUUUUAGAAAUUCUCCUAUCUGGGAUGAGUUUCAACAUGAAUUUAUUUCUUGGGGAAUUUUUCUAUUUUUCAAUUAAAAAAGAGUUUUAAAGCACCCUUUGCACAUCCAUGCCCUCUAAAAUGUCUCAUCUUUUUAUAGUGAUAUCUGAACAAAGUUUAUUUUUUGCUGAAGGGACGCUCUGUGCACAGACACGUGACACGUUAAGCAGAUGGAACACAGAAAGCGAGACUCUGCUUUUGUAAUAGUUAAGAUUUGAAAUAAGCUACUACCACUAUUUUGUUUUUCUUGAUUUAAAGUCGUGAUUUAUGCAGACUGACGAGAUUUAGAAUAUUCAUAGCAUGGGGUGCUAUCUUAUUGCAUGCUAUUCUUUAGCAAGUUAAAUUACCAUGUUUCUUCUCCCAUAUUCAGACUUUGUAUUUUAUAAGUUAAAAACAGAUGUAAGAGAACGAAACAUUAGUCAUUGUAGUGUAUUUUUAUGUACUUUAUUUAGUUGAAUAGGGGAAUUUUGGUGUACUAUAACUUAGUUUUGAAAACUAUCCCAAAUGAUUGGAUUGGUGGAAAUGUUCAUUUUCUUUAGUGCAUUUUCUGUAUUUUACAUUUUUCAUUCCAGUAUUGUAGAAACAUUGUAGUAGAAAUACAUUGUAUGGACCUGAAAAAACAUCUGAAGAUGAAAAUGAGCAGGUUAUUUGCAUGUUUGAGCGACUUAAAUUAAACUAAUUGUAUCAAUGUGUAAAUAAAUUAUUGUGGUAGUGUUGUACCAAUACCAGGACCAGUAAAUAUACUGUAUCUGUGUGAUGCACAGAUUGUAAGAAGUGACUGCAUGCAAUGUUAGAUUGUUCUGAAAUACUAUGCAUACUUGUACAUUUUGAUGUGAGAUAAAGAAUAUAAUUUGACUUUUGAUUUUCUUGCAUAUUACAUAAAUAUAUUGUAUAGCAUCCCUUCCACAUUUACAUACAAAUAGAACUUUUCCUUUUACUAACCUAGAAAACACUAUAUCAUUAAAACUUUGUGUACCAGAAAAAUGAAAUGCAUUAUAUUUAUCUUGUAUCUCCCGGAUUGUAGCUUUGUGUAAACCUUUUUAAACAAGCUGACCGUACACAGUUUCCCUACAGUAUGCUAAAUAAUUGUUAUCUGCUGUCAAUAUUUCUCCUCCACUCAUCAGGGGUGUCUAAUCGGAGCACUCUAUUUUUGGAGUGCAGCUUUAACAACUGGUUUUGCUUUUAUUUUUUUCAUCAAAAUGUGUACAGAUUAUUAUUCUCAGAAUGAAAAGUCACUUGUAAGAAAGUCGCUGUGCAAAGGCGGUAGCUUUUAACAUUCUCUGAAUGGUGAAACACGUUUACACUAGCUGCCAUGUUUACAGAUCUGUGAGAAAGGAGGAUAAUGUGGACUGGUUCUUGUCUCUGACAAACACUUUUCUACUUAUGCUUUUAUAAAAUGAAGCACUUUGUUAAUAUUUGAUGAGUCUUACUUCUGAACUGAAUCUUUGCCAAUCUGUCACCUGUGGACUGCUUAGAUCACUUUGGAAAUGCAAUCCUUUGCUUCAAGUGCACAUGUGUUUAAAUGUUUACAUUUGAACCUUGUUUAAAAUAAGCACAUUCUCUUCUUUCACUUCUCUUUUAUAAGGAGGGCCUUCUUUUGUAACAUGUUGUAAAAUCUGUGUUAUUGAUGUUCUGAACUAUAGACGUUGUCUCGUAUGUGUAAUGUCGUCCACCGAAGACAAUUUCUAAUGUAUAAAAUUAUGUUGUUAUAACACCUAUAAGUGCAUUACAGAAACGGUCUGUACAACAGUUAAAAUGUAGAGAUGGGCUGUUAAAUCCUGAUUUGAUGACAAAUAGAACACCAAAGUGAAUAUUAAAAUAUCUGAAAAAUAAACUAAUAGAAUA